AUGGAAUCUGCAAACUCACAACAGAAAAAGAAUCCUGUAGGAGCUGUCCAGACCCGUACAAGAUCUCAGAGCAAAAACCAAGAGGAAUACAACCCUACGAGAAUUGGGAAAAAGGUGGAAAAUCAUACAAAACACAAAUACAGCCCCAUCCAGUACCACGAUGAUGCGGUGCUGCAAGAGAUGACCAAGGACACAAAUCACAAUGUCAUGGCAGUGUUGGGAAACAACAAGUCGGGAGUUCUCUUCUUGGAACAGAGCCACCAUUAUGCCAGCAACAGUUUUCACUACGACACGCCUGGGUUGAGUGAUGUGACAAUCUAUGUGGUUCAUGGCUGGAGCUGGCAUUUUGUCAUUGCGAAAGGUGGUGGGGAAAACCCAGACUGGGACACUGAACAUGGAGACUACAAGAAGUAUGUGGCAUGGAAAGAUGAGCUCAAAGAAUCCAACCCAGCAGAGUAUGCUCUUGUUCUCCAAUAUGAGGAGGACCUCAAGUCGAAACAGAAUUGGUAUCGGCGAGGGCAUAACUCCAUUGUGGUCUACAAAAUGGAACCUGGACAUCGCCUCAUGUUCAACGCCAACUUGAAUCCCCAUGGUGUCAUUGUUCCCAGUGGUGUUGCACGUACUGUCAUUAUCUACCACGACCUCCAAACCAAGAACGACCCCACCAAGAAGAAGGCUGGGAUGGAGGAGAGUGAUGAGCUUUCGAGUGGCACUUCAAAAAAGAGAUGUGGUGCCAGUGGGAAACAGAUUGGCAAAAAACAAGGACGCAAAGGAUUGAAUUGCAGUCUUCGUGUCAUUGACUUUUUCGUGUUGUUGGCGUUGGCAUCAUUGGCGUCAUGGUCGCUCCCGAAAGAGGAAAGGCUCGGUGGAAGCAGUAAUCAAUCUGUGGAAGUAGACCCUCUCGUUGGUUCGUGGUCGAAUCGAAUCUAA